AUGACGAUAGCUUUUGAUGACGGCACAAUAGCAAUACAUGAUGGCGAAGAGCUGAAGGAUGAUGAUCUCAAAAUCCUUUACAUGUGUCAAAAUUCUUUCGAACUUUACGGCACGCGGUUAAGUCAGGAUGCAGUCAGAGGCAUAUGCCGAAUCCAGCUCUCCAAACCCGAGACAGAUGUUCCUUAUGUGGCCGAAACUUUACUAGACCCUGAUCAUUCGUUUACCAAAAAGGUAGCUCAAGCGGUGAAAGAGACGGAAGAGGUCAGUAUGGAGCUGUGGUUUAAGUUUGGAGAGAUGCAUGAGGAAUAUCUAACCGAAGAGAAACGCAACGAGAGUGACCCACAGAGGGAGGAUGGUGAGAGCCUUUUACUGAACAACCGACUGAACCUUGACCAGAAGGAUCUCCCGUGUGUUGCCAUAAGACGAGAGAGUGACUCAGUGGUAUCCAGAACACAAGUCACCAGCGAGCAACUUCUCAAUAUCUAUGCUUUCCGGUGUUCGUAUGAGUAUAAGGGUGAAAAACUUUCCGACGCCGAGGUCGAAAAGGUGAUUGGUGAAAUGUUUGGCGGAAUCCUCAAAAAAGUACCUCAAUUUGUCAAGAACUUUAUCCUAGACUCCGAUGAUCCAGUGACUGUUGAAGUGAGAAGAGUGGCAGGUUUGAGAGGAGCGGAUUUGCUCCGCCGAGUUGACGCUGUGUGGCGGAAUCCUGGACCUUUACACCUUCUUGCACAUGAGAGGAUAAUCUUCUUCAACGAACCAAUCUCCGAGGACGCGCUUUGCACUAUAUAUGCUUCCUACAAAUGGGUCGUUCAUAAGGCGUACCAACCUUUUGAGCCGCACGAGAUCAGAGCCAUGAUCUUUCAUAGGCUCAAUGUGAAGGCCGAUCCAAAAAAAUGUAUUCUUCCCAUGGUCGACAUGUUAGGUAAGGCCAAUCGUCCAAUUACGCAAAAAGUCGCUAUAUUUGCGAGAAGGCGUCAAGAUCACUGGAUUACAGAAUGUGUAGAGGGUUUCCGUCAGAUUGGGGUCGACGCUCGGCCAAUUCGACCCAUGGACCCGCCCAGCGAUGAUCAAAGAGUGACUACAAGCCUCAACGUAUUGUCCUUGACUUCGACUGCUGGACCUCCUGGAGCCCAGCAGCGCGCAUUUCCAAGCAGCAGUUCUGCACUCGCUCGACCUCAAGCCCAGCUUUCCGCUUAUGGUGCACCAGCUCAACCCCCAGUCCCUCAACGCAUUCCCUACGAUCCUAGCAAAACAUACGAUUUGAAUGCACCGGAUUGUAGUCAAGGAAGCCGGAACAGCAAUCAACAUGACUUUGAACCCGGGUAUGGGGCACCGAGCAGGGCCGGGUCCCCUCACGCGCGGGCCCAGUUCGUGGCCUAUCAAGCCGGCAAUCCACCAAUCGAGGUCCCCAACAAAGAUACUUCGUCUUCCCCGGGAGGCUCCGACGAGCCCCAGCCGACCCGGCGACGUCGUCUGGAGGAUGACGAGACGGGUCAGCGGUCCGCUGGAACAGGUCCGGGCAAGGGCAGGAAAGAUCGCAAGCCCGCGGGGGGAAGCCAGGAGAAGGCCCCCAAAGACCAAGGAAAGGAGAAGAAAGGUGGUCGUCGUCGAGGCUGA